GACAGAAUCUCAGGGUCGCCUUUGGGCGUGUAACUGGCGGUUAUUUCCAUUCUGACGUAUUUCCAACUCAUCUGUUAAAACCUGUUCUUGUUAAGAUGAUGCAAUUUAUGAUCUUGUUUAGCCGCCAGGGAAAAUUAAGGCUCCAAAAGUGGUAUAUUUCCUAUUCUGAAAAAGAAAAGAAAAAAAUUUUACGCGAUCUCACUACAAUUGUGCUUUCACGAAAGCCAAAAAUGUGUUCAUUUAUUGAAUGGAAGGACUUGAAAGUUGUUUAUCGUCGGCACGUUCAUUCUGGUUUUGUAAUUAACGUUUUUAGUUAUGCUAGUCUAUACUUCUGUGCUGCAGUUGAACCCCAGGACAAUGAGCUAUUGACUUUGGAAAUAAUCCACAGAUAUGUGGAACUUUUAGAUAAGUAUUUUGGUAGCGUUUGUGAACUCGACAUUAUAUUCCAUUUUGAAAAGGCAUACUACGUAUUAGAUGAGUUUAUGUUAGGAGGAGAAGUUCAGGAGACUGGCAAAGAAAGCGCUUUAAACGACAUUGACAUGCAAGAUUUAAUUCAAGAGGAAGAGGCACCUCAAGGAUUUUUCGAAGAACAAGGUAUUUUAUUCUUUGUUUACUGCAUGAGAAAAUGGAACAUUUAUCUGCAUGUAGACGCACAUUUUAUCUAAAAUCUACUUCUGUGUAUAUUUAGUUUAGUUGUUUUGAUGGUUUCAAUUUGUAUUCCACUGUUUUUCUUAUCCUGUUUGGUACGACAUUAAAGUCAUCAAAUGUGGUUAUGUAGUCCGUCGUUUAAUAAGUGUUUAACUUCUUUCCCAAUCCACAAAGACUUAGAAAAAUAACGACACAAUCUUUUAAUAAAUCGUCCUACAUGAGCUCUGGGUUGAAUUUUCCUCGUAUUUGCAUAUGCCUCUCCUCUAGAUAUCGCGCCUUUCCAUAAUAAAAGGAUGUGUUAGAAAAGUUGAGCCUUAAAAGUAACGCAUCUUAGCUUAUUCCACGAUUUUCCAAUCUAAAAACUAAAAUUCGGAGUGGACAAAUCGAAUCCACAGACUGCCAUUCACAACCCAAGAUAAAGCUAUUUGAGAUCAGCUAUACUCAUUUUAAAUAAGUUCAUUUUUAUGGAACGAAGAGUAAUCCUUUUAACAAGCUCUUAUUAGGUGCUAUUACUAUAUAUCUACAGUAAUAUAUAACGAUGGAUUGUGGGUAAUAAUCUUCAUGAAUUUAAGAUUGUUUGUAACUGCCGAAGUAAGUAACAUGCAAUUUAUAUGUGAAUCUGGUAUUUGUCAAAUGAAAAUUCAAAAACCACCAUAUAUAAGGUGAGGAGAAACAAUAUAGAUAACAAUAAAACCAGACAUUCUAAUAUACAUUAAGUGAUCUACUAAUUAAUUACGAGAAAAAUAAAUAUGGAGUGAGUACUAAGUUGUUCUAACAUAAUAAUGUGAUUGAAUCAGAUGAAUUUGAAUUUUAAAAAGUGUAGAAGGGAUGGCGAUAUUCACAUAAGGUUUAUUUAUUCGUUUUAUUGUUUGAAGAUUAUUAGUCUGGUCAAAGUAGACAUAUUGCAGUGGACCUAUUUAUUUUGGAUUCAAAUCUCAGCUUUUACAUUCGUAUUGCAGCCGCUUUUGGGAUUCAGAAAAUGCGGAGCCCGGGAAAUUUAAAAGAAUUACUUUUAACAUUGUAAAUUUUUAAAAAUGACUGACUAAUGUUAGCAUCAUAUUUCGUCUGAACCACGUAGGCAUAGAUAAAACUUUCUAUGUCUUUUAGCUACGUUUGAAGAUGUUCACGAACAUGGAAAAGUAAAUUACUAGAACAUCUACCAAUCUGAUUUGCUCUCUAGAACUAGUUGAACUCACGGAUACGAAAAAAGGUGGCCAGUACAUGCGCUCUAUCUUUCGUUCUUGACAUCACUAUCGAACCCGACCAAAGCAUUAUUUGUAGUUCAUCAGCUGCUAUGUUUUCCUCUGUGUAGUAUCCCAUUAACUUCACUCUACUUUUGUCAAAUCAGAACAUGAAUUAAUUGGAAACUAUAUAUUCUGACAAACUUGAGUAAUAAAAGAUCUGUUGGUGAAAAGAGAUUGCAUACGGUUUAUUGGAAAUCUUCUAAUGUGUUCUCGGUUCAUCCAUAAGGACUGAUUAGUAUAAAAUGGACUUAUCCGUGUAAUAUGAUUUGAGUCUGACCCCAGAGUGUAUUAGUCGAAUUUCUCUUUUUAUCUCCUUUUAACUCCUGAAUGCCAUUAUUGAUUUUAGUCGUUUGAUAUUCGUUUUGAUACGGUGAUAUUGGGUGCAACAACAACCAAUAUAUGUUUGUAGCCGGUCCUAUAUUGUAUAUAUCCAUUUAUUUGACUUUUUGAAGUCACUGGUGUUUAUCUUAACUUGUUACAAACAACUCGUUUUUUAUCAGUUUCGUCUACAUUCUAGGCUUAAUGACAAAAAUAUUGAUAUCGUACUCAAAAUCGUAUAUCCGAUUAUGUUAAACCAACUUAGCUGUUUAUUUUUAUUAUAAGUAUUGAUAAUCUCAUUUUUUAUGGAUUUCAUUGUUCUGUUGUCCUUUUAUGAUAAUUUGGCUCAACUUACAAGAAUUAGUAUGUUGUUUAAAAAAGUAUUACAUACUAAUAUAUGAUUGUAAUCGUUCUAUCUUGUCUUCAUACAUAGAACAUGCCCUUAUAAGUCCCUUAUUAUUACUUUCAUGUAAGACGAUUAAUAUAAUUUUAGAGAAUAGUCGCUUCAUAAUUGAGCACGUUUCAAAGGGUAUAGUUAUACACUGUCUGUCUACAUUGUAAAAUUACUAUUUAGUUUUUGCUUUUAUACGUGCCUUUAUCGCAAGUUUUGUAGCACCUACAUAUAUAUGGCUGGUUCAUUGUGUAUUUAAAUUACAAUCUAUGUUAUGUUUUUUGUCCUUUGUUUGUCCAUGUAAACGGUGUUGGUAUAUUUUUUGUUCACUGUGUAUUUUGUUUCUCAUUGUUUAUUACUGUUUACUCACUGUAAAUACUGUGCACGCUCAUACGUCAUAUUAUAUUGCAUAAUCUUGAUCAAUAGAUUGCCAAUUGGUUACUGAAAUUAGAGGAGUAAUACCAUUCUUUGAUUUCUGUAACUCAUCUAAGUAGUACAUGUCUAUAUAUGAUGGUGCUACCCGGCUACUUAUACCACUAUAUGCAGGGUAAGAUUCGCGUUCCUAACUCAAUCAUUGAAAGUUAAAUCUUUCAAACAUUUCACUCUUCAUCCUAUAAGAUUUUAAUCCAACCCUACAACUGUCACUUUUCCCUCAAAUAGCUUGACGUUAGAAUGCUAGACUGGUGAUUUAAAACUCAGGUGACACUGAAUUUUUGUAAAAUCAAAUUGCUGAUUAUUAUCCUUGUCUAGGGUAAAACUACGGAAAAAAUAUAAGUUCAUAAUUCAUUGGUAACUAUAUUCAAUCAAAUAAUAUUAAAUCUCAUUGAAUGUUCAAUUCAUUCUCUUUAUUUCUUUUUAAAAAAAUUUCCCAACCAUAGGAGGAGUGUAAAACCAAAGAAGAACAAGCUGAUAUAAGUGUGGUUGAUGUUUCUGGAUUUUAAAAUCAUUUCUGUUUCCUUCAGAGAUAAUAAAUGAUUUGUUUAAUUUGUGUAUACAUUUACUUCAAGAUAAAAGUAUACGAUAUGUUCGUAAGUAAAUUGUGCAAAGUACUCAAAAAUUAUUUACUUCUUGCAAACUUUUUUCUCUGCUCACUUUUCUAUUGUUUUGCUUAAUUUUCGAAUGCAAAUUUUAACCUCUCUCAGCAACACAUGUAUACAGUUAAGUUAGUUUUUUUUCUGUUCAUUCCCUUUAUUAAAUUAUCAGUUAACUUUUUUUAAAAUGUAAUUUCCCUACAUAUGCCUUUCAUUUAAAAGAAAAAAGACAUUCUACUGCUCAAACCAAUUUUGCAUAUCAUUGUUUUACAAGAAACUAUUACUAUUACCUCUGAUUUACUUCCUGUUGUUGUUGUGGUGGUGGUUUUGUAUAUUUGAUCAACAUUCCAAGUAAAUUUAAUUAUUUAUUUUGUAUUAUUAGCUCUGUUUUGUAAUGGUGAUAACUUUUUUUAUUUUUAAACAGUUUUAUUGUAUCGUUUUUGUGACGGUCCUUUCUUCUUCUUUUUUUAAUAUGCAUUUUAUAUCAUGUUUGUAUUUUUCUGCGUCAUUGGUUAAACUUUCCUCUGUUCAAUGUGUGUGACUGCUCGAAGGCUGUGAUGAUAAUUAGUAUACAUUUGGUAGUAGGAAUAAGUAAUUAUAAUAAAUAUUUCUAACUAGAC